GACGUUUUCAUCGCAACGACUUCCGGUAUUAUAAGGCUUGCUAGCUUGGCGAAACAGCAGCUUACGGCAAAAUGGGCCACUUUAUAACACCAAGUAUCACAGAGUAAAUGGCACCGGUCUGCUCAGCUGCUCAACAAUGGACGCGGAUUUAGUCGAUUGUCUUGUGUUAUUAAUCCGCCCGAUCGGCGUGUCCUGCUACUUAGUCCGGCCGGCUAACUGGUUUAAUAAAACCCCGACAAGUGUUCGGCUAACUGGCGACAGGGACAUGUCAUGAGGAGAUAAUAUCUAACUUAUUUCCCCAAAAGGUUUCACAGGUUGACACAUUGAUCACGGGAGGCAGUAUGAACAGGAACUUCCAGGAGCUUUUGGAUUUUUUCGUGGUCUAAUUGGCUUCAGAUUGUGUGGAUGCGACCGUGGCCCACAUCCACAAUGGCCGGCGUGCUGUUCUCCUCGCUGAUGCUGCUCGCGGCGCUGUGCGGCCUCGGGCAGCCCAUGUCACGGGAGGAGAAGACCAAGUUGAGGAACCAAGUGGUUGAGAUGUUUGACCAUGCAUAUCAGAAUUAUAUGGACCAUGCAUACCCAGCAGAUGAGCUGAUGCCCCUGACGUGCAGAGGAAGGGUUCGUGGGCUUGAACCCAGCCGAGGUGACGUAGACGACGCUCUGGGGAAGUUCUCUUUGACCCUCAUAGACACACUGGAUACUCUGGUGCUGUUGAACAAGACAACGGAGUUUGACGUCGCCGUGAGAAGAGUAAUGACGGACGUGAGGCUGGACAACGACAUCGUGGUGUCUGUCUUCGAGACCAACAUACGGGUCCUCGGAGGUCUGUUGGGGGGGCAUUCCAUGGCUGUGAUGCUGAGAGACGGAGGUCAGCACAUGCAGUGGUACCAGGAUGAGCUCCUGCAUAUGGCCAAAGACCUGGGCCUCCGACUGCUGCCAGCCUUCAACACCAGUAGCGGCCUUCCUUACCCCAGGGUUAACCUGAAGUUCGGCGUCCGGGGUCCCGAGACGAGAACGGGCACAGAAACCGACACCUGCACCGCGUGUGCGGGGACCAUGAUCCUGGAGUUUGCUGCCUUAAGUCGCUUCACUGGCGAUCCCGUGUUUGAGGCCCAUGCCCGGAGAGCUCUGGACUUCCUGUGGGAGAAAAGACAGAGACACAGCAAUUUGGUGGGAACGACCAUCAACAUCCACUCUGGAGAGUGGGUUCGCAGGGACAGCGGAGUGGGAGCGGGAAUCGACUCGUACUAUGAAUACCUGCUGAAGGCUUACAUCCUCCUGGGAGAUGACCUGUUCCUGCAGCGGUUCAAUAUUCACUAUGCAUCUAUAAUGAAGUACAUAAGCCAGCCUCCACUGCUGCUGGACGUCCACAUCCACAAACCUCUGCUUCCCGCUCGCACCUGGAUGGACUCUCUGCUGGCCUUCUUCCCUGGACUGCAGGUGCUGAAGGGAGACAUCCGUCCCGCCAUCGAGACCCAUGAGAUGUUGUACCAAGUCACGAAGAAGCACAACUUCCUCCCGGAGGCCUUCACCACUGAUUUCAGGGUACACUGGGCCCAACAUCCGCUGAGGCCUGAGUUUGCAGAGAGCACCUAUUUCCUUUACAAGGCGACAGGCGACCCGUACUACCUGGAGGCCGGUCGCACCAUCCUGGACAACCUCAACCGCUUUGCUCGUGUUCCCUGCGGCUUCGCCGCCAUGAAGGACGUGCGCACGGGGAGCCACGAGGACAGAAUGGACUCGUUCUUCCUCGCCGAGAUGUUCAAGUACCUGUUCCUGCUGUUUGCCGACGCCGAGGAUCUGACGUUCGACGUGGAGGACUACAUCUUCACAACCGAGGCCCACCUGCUGCCGCUGUCCCUCUCCACCGCCCCCCACUCAUCGUCCGUCCCCUCGAACAAAACGUCCAAGGAGGAGCUGGACGACUCGAACUUCGAUUGGACCUGCCCAAACACCCGCCUCCUGUUUCCCGACCCGGCCUUCCCCCGCAAGCUGAGAGACCCGAUCCGCAGCGCUGUGGACAAGAGCUGCCCCCGGCCCUCUCCUUACCGGGAGCCCGGGAUGGGCCAUCCUCCACUGAGGGCUCAGGACUUCAUGGCAAACAACCCGGAACACCUGGAGCUGCUGAGGAGGAUGGGUGUCAGUCUCAUCCACCUCAAAGAUGGCCGGGUGCAGCUGGUCCAGCACGCGACCCAGGCGGUGAGCGCGGUGGCGGCGGAGGACGGCGUGCGUUUCAUGCAGGAGAUGAUGGAGCUGUCCAGCCAGCAGCAGAAAGAGCAGCUGCCCCCCCGAGCCAUUCAGAUCGUCUCCCACCCGUUCUUUGGCAGGGUCGUUCUGACCGCCGGCCCGGCUCAGUUUGGCCUGGACCUGUCCAAAAGUUCCACAGGGGUCCGAGGCUUCGCGACCGUGGCCGAACCCUACAGCGGCUGCAGCGAGAUCACCAACGCCGAGUACGUCCGGGGCCACAUCGCUCUGCUUCAGCGGGGCCAGUGCAUGUUCGCCGAGAAGGCCCGGCACAUCCAGAAGGCCGGCGCCAUCGGAGGCAUCGUCAUCGACGACAACGAGGGCAGCAGCAGCGACACGGCGCCCCUGUUCCAGAUGGCGGGAGACGGCCGCAGCACGGACGACAUCCCCAUGCCCCUCCUCUUCCUCUUCCACAAGGAGGGCAACAUCCUGUUGGAGGCGCUGAAGGAGUACAGGGAGGUGGAGGUGCUGCUGAGCGACAAGGCCCGCGACAGAGCCGCCAUAUUCAAAGGUAAACCUCUUCCUGGCAGCGUGAUUGAGGGCUGUGUGGACGAACCACAAGCGGAGGGAGACUGCCUAACCGAGGCAACGACUCCCACCUCCUUCGAGCCAAUCGGCCAAUCGCAAGCGAGCACGUCGGAGGGAGACCGGCUCACCCAAUCGCAGCAGGGCGCCGGUGCCGUUGAGGAAGACGUGAGUCCCGCGGAGGAAGUCCGACCGCCGCCGGAGGAGGAGGAGGCGGCGGAGGACGUGACGUCACCGGAUGAGGAUUUGGCUCCGCCCAAAGAGGAGAGAGACUCCGAGGACGGGGAAGGGCCCGAGGGCGGCGAGGACUCAGGCAGCCGGCAGGUGGACGAGCUGCUGGCGGACUGGCGGGAGGACUUGGAGGCCUUCCAGCAGAUGGAGAAGGACGAGCUCUGACAGCCGCCGGGGCGGUUUGAUCCCGCCGUUAAGGGGGGGUGGGGUGGGGCGCCUGGAGGGGACGUGUCUCCACGAGUCCCACCCCCCCCAGCGUCGAUCCGGUUGAGCUGACGGAGAAGAUGUCCCACGUGACUGUCUGUUCUCACGCUCUCUGUCGAUGGUGUCAUGGUGCCAAGGCCGCCCACAUCCUGUGUCUCCGGGUCACAUGGGACCCGCUAGUUUAGGAAUGCGAGACCCGGGGGGGGGUGGUUCUCGCGUCGCCAUCCAAGCCGUCUCCGUCUGACUCAAAUGAAUGCCGGUCCAACAACUAAUAAUUAACCCAUAGACCAAUUCAUUUUUAUUUUAAAAUGUGCUGAUUGUGUGCGAUGAUACGGUGUCGGGCCUUUUAUCGUGUGUCCACGUUGAUGUUGAUGUGACAUUGAAUAAGCUGCAGGGUGUUUUCCUUUUCUUUUUUUUUUUUGAUGGCUUAAUGAUUGCAGAGGCUCGACACCAUACUGGACGUGUCUCUGGAGGACAUCUGAAAUCAUCUUGUCGUGGUGUAAAUACGUGUCGGUCAGGGUGUAGCGACUGAAACGGUAUUCGCGGCGGUUCUCUCCACAAACAACAACAACAACAACAACAACAAUAAUAAUAUCAACGGCCUCUGGAUCACACCGAGCAGACACACCCUCGGCGGCGCGGCGGGAGAGAUUACACACCCACGAGCCGCCACGAGGGGGCGCUCCGACAUCUGUCUGAUUUGGAGGGAGCCAAAAAUAAAGCAAUGAAUUGACAUGAUGAAAUUAAAUAAAAAUGAAGAGGGGAAAUUGG